GGUUUCUAUAGUACACAUACUUCUAGUUACAUUUGUCCAAAAAAAUGGCUAACAAGCUCUUCUAUUUUGUAUUGAUGGCGGUGUUUCUACUGUUCAGUGUGACUAAAAUCUGGUGGGAAACUCCUAAUAAGCGGCGAGUUUACUCGACGAUGGAAUGGGUCGAUAAACUUUUUCAAUCAGGAAAUGCGUUACUUCGUAUGGGAUUCGAUGAAGAUCAAGAGUACUUUAAAUCUUAUUUUCUGAUAUAGACUAUUACGUAAAUUAUCAUGUGUUAUAUAUGGUUUUCUCAAUGGCCACUGUUUUGUUUUUGUUUGUAAUAAUAUUAAAACGGUUAUGUAAUCAAAAGUCAAACUAUAACCACAGAAACGGGUCAUGUGUCGGCAAAUUCAACUUUGGUUAAUAAGCUAGCGAAUCGAAAGCCCGGCCAAGCGCCCUAGUUUGGGUCUGCGUAUAAACACAUUUUUUGUAUAUGACUUUAAAUCUUUUUUUUUUUGUUUGUUUGUUUGUUUAAAUACGCUUUUGUAAGAUAAUUAUUUGAUGGAAAUAUUCGUACAUAUCUUAC